AUGCUGGGUUUAGUGUUCUUGCUGCUGGAACUGAUUUCUGACAAUGUAUGUCAGGUUCACAUAGCAAAAUGCAGACUCCAAGAUCCACACCGUCCACUUCACACGUAUUAUCAGCCAGGAGAAUUCCUCAUUGGUGGCAUUGUUUCCCAUGGUGGCUUCAUCUCCUCUCCAGCAACAUUCACUGAGGAACCCCCACCAGCACUGCCUGAAGAGCUUGUGGUGGUGCCUAAGGUUUACCAGCACAUCAUGGCCAUGACAUUUGCAGUCAAGGAGAUCAACGAAGACCCUCACAUCUUACCCAAUAUCACCUUGGGCUUUCACUUGUAUGACAGCUAUGACAAUGCAAGGAACACAUAUCUCGCCACACUGCUGCUUUUAUCCAGGGUGGAGAAAUUUGUUCCUAACUAUAUAUGUGAUGUUGAAAAUAAUCUGGCUGGGGUCAUUGGAGGACUGGAUUCUGAAAUCUCUUUUUAUGUGGCAACUGUUUUGGAUAUCUAUAAGAUCCCGCAGCUCAUUUAUGGCUCUGCUCCAAUGAUGAAUAACAAAACCCCAGGGCUUCCCUUCUACCAGAUGGCAGCCCCAGAAGCCCUUCAGUAUGAGGGAAUUCUCUCUUUGCUUCUGCAUUUCAGGUGGACGUGGAUUGGAGUCAUUGCUAUGGACAAUGACAAUGGAGAACGAUUUGUGCAAACCAUUUCCCCAAUGUUUACCAAGAGUGGUGUCUGCUUUGCAUUCCUAGAAAGAAUUCCCAAUUUUAGUUUUAUUUCUGAAAUUACUGGCAUGCUAACUCAGGGGGCCAUAAUAAACAAGAAAAAUUUUAGCAGCAAAGCUAAUGUUGUGGUUGCCUCUGGAGAAUCUUAUUCCAUGGCAACUUUCAGAUUGCUUUCAUACUUUUCAGAACAUGAUGACAUGACCAAGAAUGUAGAAAGUAAACUCCAUCACUUUCUGAGAAGCAUCUCAUUUAACAAUACGGCAGGAGGUGUGGUCUUCAUCAACCAGAAUGGAGAGGCAUCAUCUAGCUUGGACAUUAUCAAUUGGAUCAUAUUCACCAACCAAAGUUUGCACAGAGUGAGAGUUGGCAGGAUUGAUCCACAAGCUCCACCAGACCAAACAUUCAUCCUUGAUGAAGAUGCCAUCACAUGGCACAGUUGGUUUAACCAGAUUCAGCCUCUUUCUGUCUGUACUGAGAGAUGUCUUCCAGGAUCCAGCAAGAAAGUGAAGGAGGGACAGCCACCUUGCUGCUACGAUUGCAUCCCAUGUGCAGAGGGGAAGAUUGCAAACCAGGAUGAUAUGAAUGACUGUAAUAAAUGCCCAGACAAAGACUAUUCAAGCAAGAACCGGAAUGCAUGUCUACCCAAGGAUAUCAGCUUCUUGUCUUAUGAAGAACCAUUGGGCAUCAGUUUAGCCUGUUUCUCUCUUUCCCUUUCCCUGAUCACAGCUCUGGUACUAGGUACAUUUAUGAAACACCACGAUACACCCAUUGUCAUUGCAAACAACCGGAACCUCACCUACACUCUCCUCAUCUCUCUCCUGCUCUGCUUCCUUUGUGCAUUGCUCUUCAUUGGCCGACCAGAGAAGGUGACCUGCCUCCUCCGACAAACAGCUUUUGGCAUCAUCUUCUCAACCGCUGUUUCUUGUGUCCUGGCAAAAACCUUCACGGUGGUUUUGGCCUUCAUGGCUACAAAACCAGAAUCCAGGAUGCGGAAAUGGGUGGGGAAAGGACUAGGCCAAUCCAUUCUCCUUUCCUGUUCCAUAGUUCAAGCAGGGAUAUGUACUGUGUGGCUGGCCACCUCUCCCCCAUACCCAGAUGUGGACAUGCACUCGGUGACAGAAGAAAUUAUACUAGAAUGUAAUGAGGGGAGUGUGGCCAUGUUUUACUGUGUCCUCAUCUACAUGAGCUGCCUGGCAACUGUAAGUUUUGCUGUUGCUUUCCUUGCUAGGAAGUUACCAGACAGUUUCAACGAAGCCAAGUUCAUCACUUUCAGCAUGUUGGUCUUCUGCAGUGUUUGGCUGUCCUUUAUUCCUUCCUAUCUGAGCACCAAGGGAAAAUAUAUGGUAGCUGUGGAGAUCUUCUCCAUCUUAGCCUCCGGUGGUGGGUUGCUGGGCUGCAUCUUUGCCCCCAAAUGUUACAUAAUCAUUUUGAGGUCUGAGCUGAACAACAAGGAACAGUUAAUAAGGAAGAAAAAUUAA